GCACACACACACGCAUACACGCAUACACAAAAUUAUGCGCGCACACCUAUACUGUUCGACAUUGCGUGGAUAUCUUUGUUUCGUGAAAGCCUGACGACUCCGGCGACUUUGAAGUGGUCUCGGCCAAUAGGAAGCUACGAGUGAAAUUUACGCACAGAAGAUAUCACUGACGUGUCCCCAAAAAGUAUUCACUUAAAACCAUUCACCGAAUAUUUCUGUAUCACACACUCGGUUUGUAGAGAAAAUUCUAUACGCAGCAGUUUUGUUAGCGAGCACCUGACGUGUUCUUCGAGAUACGAAGCAGAGGCAAAUAUUAGUUGAAAAAAAGAAGGAAAAUUGACGAAAUAAGGAUAUUAUCAUGGCACCAACGAUAAAUUCAUUCGUGAAUUCUUUUACCAACAGAUUGGAAGCCCCCGUCAGACAACACCUGAAAAAUGUCUACGGAUGCCUUUCAAUGUCGGCAGUCUCCGCCGCUACUGGAGCUUAUGUCCAUCUUUAUACGGAAAUACAAAAAGCUGGCUUCAUGACCGCUCUCGGUGGUCUUGGUCUCUUAAUGGCUCUCUUAUUCACUCCUGAUAAUGGCAAAAAUCAAAAAUUGCGACUGGGCUAUCUCCUUGGCUUUGCAUUUCUAUCCGGACUUGGUUUGGGCCCAUUGCUGGAAAUUGUCAUUAGCAUUGAUCCUAGCAUCAUUGUAACGGGACUUAUUGGAACAUGCGUCGUUUUCGUGUCGUUCAGCAUAUCCGCGUUACUAGCAGCACGUGGGCAAUGGCUCUACAUUGGUGGAACUUUGAUAAGUCUCUCGAACAUGACGGUUCUUCUCCUCCUUGCGAACCUAUUUUUGCGGUCAUCGUUCGUCUACCAUUUGGAAUUAUAUCUUGGACUUGUCCUCAUGUGUGGUUUCAUAAUCUACGAUACUCAAUUGAUCGUUGAAAAGUUCCGUAUGGGCAACAAGGACUUCAUUGCCCACUCGGUUUUGCUGUUCGUUGACUUUUUCAGGAUGUUCAGUUACAUCAUCGAAAUUCUGACUGUCAAGGAACAGCAAAGGCAGAAAAAUCGCAAACGCUCCGAUUAAACGAGUGCGAACGAGAAUGAAAGAGAGAGAGAGAGAGCGCGCGAGAGAGAGAGAGAGAGAGAAAGAACGAGAGCAAAAGGAUGAGUGAGCCCUAUGCAAAAUUGCGCGGGUGCUGUAAUUACAGCAUUCAAAGUAAAUCCAUAAUAAUAUUAAACUAGAGGUCUUCAUCUAUCCUACUUAUAUAAUGAUAAUAUAUGUAUACAUAUACUCAUAUAUACGUAUAUAUCUAUUCUGAUUCACGAUAAUAAGAGAAAAAAAGAUUAACCAUGAACAUAUAUUUACUACAAUAAAAUGAAAAUAAAAAAAGAGGAGAAUCGUUGGAUACGAAAUAGAAUAGUUAAGCUCAUUUCACUUUUCAUUUGGGAGUGUCAGCGAACUUUCGAGUAAAUAAAGUAGAAUGUGGUACCAUGUAUUUAUAAUAUCGUGAUGUUUGCGUCAAACAUCCUAGUUUCUACUUAUUUUUCUUUGUCAAAGUUCGAACUUUUCUUCUCGCUUUUUCUUUAUCUAUUUUUCCUGUCUUCAAUCAAACACCAAACAUUGCGAUAUCAUUUUACCGAGAAAUUUAUUGUACUAUUUUUUCACAAUCAAUAAACUAAAUUCCCCAGUCA